AUGCGGAUAGGUGAUGUGUGGAGAGAAAAUGCAAAGGAGGGUUUGACAUUCAUUGAGGGUGAAAAUUAUUUCGUUAACGAUGUCUUUUUACCAAACGAUCAAUGCCGUAUCUUAGCAUUUCCAUCCACUCUGUUCUUCGUGGGAGAACGUCUUGUGGACCACACCAUAGCAAACAUCAGUGUGAUUGACAGGGACACGUGUGAAUAUAGUUGCUACCUCAACCAUAACUGUGUCGGUGUCAACUUUUAUUUUGGACCAAGUGAAGCAGGAAUACAAAACUGUGAACUAAAAAACUCGACAAGUAAAGAACAUGAUAAGGAUCUGGUGAAGGCAACGAAAUAUGUGUACCAUGGAACAAGAAAUGCUUGUAGUCGUUCUCGCUGCAAUAACAACGCCAUUUGUCAGUCCGGUUUUACAAGGAAGGGAUAUCGAUGCUUAUGUUCUGUUAGAUUUGCGGAAGCUCAUUGUGAACAAGAUGUUGACGAGUGUAAAAAGAAAACUCACGGAUGUAAUGUGAAUGCCGAAUGCCAUAAUACCGUGAGAUCAUCUAUUUGUAAAUGCAAGGCUGGUUAUGUGGGAAAUGGUCAAAAUUGUGCAAAAAUUUCUGGCUGUGGCCAAAGUCCAUGCCACAAUGAAGGAACCUGUAUCCCCCAAGGUGAAGGAUACAAAUGCACAUGUUUACAAGGAUUCACUGGUGAUCAUUGCGAAACAGGAUACGUAAAAAAUUCAGUUGUAUUGUCGAAAAAUGAAUCUUACUUCGCAUAUCUUCGUGAGUUCCUAGUUCCUGCUGUUGGAAAUGAUCCCCAUUGGUUGCUCUGCUACUGCGCCUCUUUACAUGGCUGGGCUGGCGAUGCCUUCCACACUCGUUGCGACGGAAAGAAAGAUAUGGUAACAAUUAUACUGACAUUCCAGAAACCUCGAAAUGAUUCCCCACUGAUCUACUAUCUUCACUCCUCUUCUCCGCUCUACGCCAGUCAAUCUUGUCCUCCGGGAGCAAGAACAGAGGACACGUCAGGUCGCUGCUGUAUAUUCCCUUUCAAGUAUGGGAGACAUACCUACAACUCCUGUAAAAGGAGCUACUCUCGUCCCGGAAGGUGGUGGUGCUCAUUCGAUGCUGUCUACAAAGAUGAUUGGGAUUAUUGUGAUGAUGAUCCGUGUAGAGGAUACCGUAAGACCAACAAGGCUUUUAUCUUUUCGCUGGAAAACAAAGAAAGAUUGGCGCCGUUUAAGAGUAUGGUGAAGCAUGACUCCCAAGCCAUUUAUAUGGAGAUAAGCAAUGGUUUAACAUUUGGCGGUGGCCACGAUAUUUAUAUCGGUGACACCGCAGCUCAUAAUGCUCAUUCGUACACCGAAUUUGGUCACUCUUUCUUGGCUCCAAGUGAAGUAGAGGAAAAGGAUACAGUUUUAGCUGGAACUCACCAUUUUACUCCCGAUGAGGUAGAAGUGUUCUAUCUCCCUUAG